AUUUAUAGCUAUAAGUAAUAAUGUAAAAUUUGAUAAACCUAGUAUAUACAUCUACAUAUAGAGCGAAAGAUUAUAAAAAAUUAAGCAUAAAAAAGAUGUCUUCAUGUAAAAUCAAAGAAUCAGAUUACUCAAUCUUUAUCCCAAACUUGUUUCUUCCGAGUAGUCCACUCUUACAAGUUAAUUAACCAUAUCUUCAUCAUUGACAAUGAAUUAUUGCUCUUCUUUUUGUUUUUUCUUACAUUUUGAGCCAACCAUAAACUCCCAAAACCAAAAAACAUGCUUUUCUCUUUACUCGAUCAAAAAAUGGUGUGCAAAGAACGAGAACUUCAACGUCGUCCUCUCAAUAUCUGGAGACGAUUCUACGAUUGCUUGGUGAAGUUAUUAGCAACACAGGCUUUGAAGAAAGUAACACUUGGCCAACCACAGACACUUGGUAUUGUUGUAUCAAACGAAGAAAAUUCUGAUAUUGGCUCUAAUAUCAUAAGCAAUGUUGUAGAAAACAUGGAGAAAAAUGAGAGAUUAUCGGUUGAUGGAGAACAAGUAGAGUUACGUGUACCAAAAGAAAAGGCUCCAAGAAAAAUUGUUAGCAUAAAGGAUGAAGUUGAUGAGAUACGAAUAAGUUCAAGGAGAAUCAAGAGGAGGACAUCGAAAGGAAGUUUUAGUUCUUUCGAUGAGCAUGAUGUUAUGUCUUUGAAACCAUUGAAAUCGAUUCUGAGAAAGGAUUCAGAAGUAAGCAAAUAUCUAUAAUUAAGAAAAUUUCAUUCAUAUGUAACUUACGUAAUAUAAUUAUGUCGUGAUGUAUGUAAAAUUAAAUUUACACAGUGUCCCACAUGUUCAAAGUUUUA